AUGGCCGAGGGCGCCUCGGGCACGCGCGAAGCCUUUGCCACGAGGCGCGGCCCCGCACCCAAACGCAAGGGUCCCCACUCCCACCUCGCUUGCGGGCUCCUGGCCCCACCCCCAGAGGCGGCUACCGGGCUGCCUGCGGGGCCUCAGGGCGCACAGCCGACGUCGGGUCGUGGAUUCGGGGAAGAGCGAGGGUUCCUCCUGCUGCGCCCGAGCCACCUGGUGCCCGCGACCAUGACGAUGAACCUCUUGGAGGACUGGUGCCGGGGGAUGGAUAGGGACAUCCACAGGUCCCUGCUGGUCACGGGCGUCCCGGUAGACUGUGGCCAACAGGAAAUUGAGGAGACCUUGAAUGGGGUCCUCUCUCCCCUGGGCUCAUACCUCGUGCUCAACAAGUUUUUUGUGAGACAACAGAAUGCUAAAGCUGUCCUCGUUGAGGUCGGAGAGGGGGUGAAUCUGAGCACUGUACCCCGGGAAUUCCCAGGAAGGGGGGGUGUCUGGAGAGUGGUCUGUAGAGAACCCACCCAGAAUGCUGAGUUUUUGAAAAAUCUGAGUGAGUUCCUGGAGUGUGAGGGGCGCACCUGGGAGGAUGUGGUCCGCCUGCUUCAGCUUAACCAACCCCCACUGCCCCGGAACCAGAGUCAGCGCCCAGAGAACUGGGCAGAUGCUUUGGGGAUGCUCCUGGGGGCGGUGGUGCAAAUGGUCUUCUACUCAGCUGCUGAGGUCCACAGCCAGGAGGAAGCUCAGGCCCAGCAGGCGGCUGAGGCCCAGGCACUAGCAGCCUCUGCUAACUCAGCAGCGGUAAAGGUCAAGAAGGAGCCAGGGCGUUCUGAAGAGGAGGGCUCUGCCCGGAAGGAGAAUCUUCACAGCUUGGAUAACCUGGAAGCUGAAGGUGAUCCCCCCAAACCUUUGGUUCAUAAAGCUGGCACCAGCAUUUGGCCCGGGAGAAAGAAGCAGAAAAAUACCCCCAAACAGGAAGCAGUGCCCUGGAAGAAACCUAAAGAUGACCGUUCUAGCAGCUCGGCCUCCUUGGGGGAUCCUAAAGCUGAUGAGGCGGAAAGUGUGGAGAUCUCAGAAUGCAUCAGGAGCUGCAGAAAGCCCUGCAUGAAGCAAGAGGAGUCGGCUCUGAAGAAACCCGUGGCAAAAAGUGCCUGGAAGGCUCCCAGCCACCCUGCGCAGGAUGCCCGGUCAGAGGCUGAGAGCCCGGGAGUUGCCUGUGAGUCAGCCCAAGAUGGCGCUCAGGAGGGCCCACCGAAGAAAAAGGCCAUGGGCUGGCCCUCAGCCAAGAGCCCUGCCUCAUUGAGGAAGAAAAAGAAGGUGAGCUUAGGCCCUGUGUCCUACGUCCUUGUCGACUCAGAAGAAACCAAGAAGAAGCCAGCGAUUACAAAGAAAAGUCACGGUUCAAGAAGGGGCGGCUCCGUUCACGAGGCCUGGCGAAGCCCUCCACCACCUGAGUCGACAGCCUCGACAUCCCAGGGUCACACGGCGAAGCCAGAAGGCUCGUCUCAGGGCUCCAAAGCAUCCAAAAAGCAUUGAUGUGGGGGAUCGGCCAUAUCUAAGGAGUUGAAGAGCGAGGAAGACGUUCCAAGUCGGGAACCAAGUUUUGUCACUGAAUGAACCAGGACUUUGGACUCUUAGGAGGCAGUUUGGAUAGCUCUGGCUCUGAGGCAGAUGACGGUGAGAUCUGGGGUGGGAGGAAUUCAGGGAGGCAGGGGCAUCUCUGCUUCCUUCUCUGCCAGGCCUGCUUCUCCACCUCCUUCUUGACUCCCCUUCAGAGGUUGGCAAGUCAUUAGUCAGUUUAGGAAAAUUCUAGAACAUUCCCCUUUCCUCAUGGGCAGGGUCCCUGUUAUGGUCAUCCAUGUUCAGCCAUGCGUCCCCCCUCCCUGGUUCUCUGCAACCUCUUCCAGAUGGUCAACCAGCCUCUGCAGGGCCAGGCGUUUUGAACCGUAGGUUUUCUCACCUCUGCUUUCUCUGUGCUGCAGCCUGGGGUGAGUUAUGCUGAGAUCUUUGAGGCCAACCUGCCUGCAUUGUUCCUCCCAAGCUCUAACUUCCACCCUCCAGUCAUCCGAACAGAGGAUGGUAUGGCCCUAAGAGUCCAUAUUGGUUGGAAAAUUAGUCCACUUAGACCUUGCAUUAUUCCUGAGUUUUGAGAUUUUGUUAAUUAAAAUGGCACUUCGAUUCCUGGUUGGGAUAAAUAGGAAAUUGCGGUGUGAUUGGUCAUGACGUGCUUGGCCUUUCCUGGUUUACCGGCUCUAAUUCCAUCCAUCGCUGUAAACUCAACAUCUUUGAGGCUGGAGAUCACCUCUCAUGGUACAGAGCAAGAGAGGGAAAUAACGAUUUGAAAACUGUUCAUUUUUGCCCCUAAACAGAGCAGUUUCCAGAUUUUUCUGGGGGGGGGGGCCAAAGAUGUCACCCAAAUCUAUUUUUUCAUGUAUUAGGGGACAAAGCCUGUGACAGAUGACUCCCUGACUGUCUCGUGAGCCAAACCAGUCACUUAGGAGACAGGCCCAUGUCCACUUGUGUCCCGAGGACACUUGCUGUUGUCCAGAUCUGGGGGCAGUUGAUUCACCAUCUGCGUGCAGAGCAGAGCUAGGCCAGGUGCCUCCAGGAGCAAAUCUCUGCAGAGUGGGCCUCACUCUCCCUGAAGGCGUCUCCCCAGACCACGGGCCUUGCUGGUCAGGGUUCUCGGCCGUGUUGCCCACGGUCAUGAUGGUCUACCAGAGAGCCUUUCAGCCCUCGAUGGAUUCAGGGUCUCUUACUGCAGUGUUUGUGAUAAAGAGUGUGAGCACUUGUUAGAUAAGUUAGCGAUUCACCUUGGAAAAGAAUUUCGUGCAGCAUUUUCUUCCCACACCCUGGCCGAGUCUAACCGAGGAUGCAGGAGAGAGGAGCUGUUGGUCUGGGUCUGUGGGCCUCGCGUUUUCCCUGGGGAUGUGCAGACAGCAGGAGCGCGUGGGACUCCGGUGGGGAGAACCCGCUGGGCCCCAGCUCCUGGGUGGAACUCAGGUCCAUCAGAGCCCCCCCAUGUUCACACGUGGCCCCACGGUUAGUAAAUGUAAAUGUCUGUGACAGAAUAAAGUUGAAGUUAAGUGUCUGUCUAGUCUCUCUUGUUGGCGAGAUGGCGUGGCUUGAGGAACUUGAGAAAAGGGUUGUCCCGAUAAACCACACAUGCUCCCAGCCCCACGGUA